AUGCCGGUGGACUGGAGUGACACUUUCAAGUCUGCUCAAACGGCGUUGAAAGAGGGAAAGUUCUUCGAUGGAGUUCAGGUUAUCAACUCGUGCAUGGAGGCAUAUGCAAAGCUGGUGGGUGAUGAAUCUGACCGAGUACUGCGAGAUCCUCCUGCUUUCCUAGAGGAGUACAAGGCAAAGCUCACGGAGGAGCAGAAAGACGUCUUGCGAAAGAUGUAUGAGGUCAGGGGUGACAUCAUCACUGGCUUGGGUGCCCACAAGCGAGCGUCUGCUGACUAUCAGUCAGCACAAGCGCUCGGAGCACAGGUUUCGGAGAAGAUGGCCAAAGCGCAGGCAGCAACACAGGAACCCGUAUCGUCUGACUCUGCCAAGGUACCUGUUACUGUGCUCACAGGGUUCCUGGGCAGUGGCAAGACAACCCUCCUGAACCACAUUCUCAAGGAGUUUCAUGGAAAGCGCAUCGCUAUCAUUGAGAACGAGUUUGGAGAGGUGGGCAUUGAUGACAGUCUCAUUGAAACAGGGCCCAUGGCGCUGGAGGAAAACAUCAUCGAGAUGAACAAUGGCUGCAUAUGCUGCACUGUCCGUGGAGACCUGAUCGCGGGACUCAAGAAGAUCUUGAAAAAGUCCAUGAAAGACGGCAAGACCUUGGACGGAGUCAUCAUCGAGACCACCGGGCUAGCCGAUCCUGCGCCGGUGGCUCAGACGUUCUUUGCCGAUGACUUUGUCCAGUCGAAAAUGCAGUUGGAUGGCAUCGUGACUCUGGUGGAUGCGAAGCACCUCAUCAUGCAUCUCGAUGAUGAGAAGCCAGAACAUGUCGAGAAUGAAGCGGUUGAACAGGUGGCAUUUGCGGAUCGUAUCAUCCUGAACAAGUGUGAUCUGGUCGACGAGCCCCACCUUGUGGAGGUUGAGAGGCGGAUUCGGAUGAUCAACAAGUCCGUGAAGAUCAAGCGUGCAACAAACUCCAUCGUGGACAUGGACUUCAUCAUCGGCAUACAGGCCUUCGAUUUGGACAAGAUCUUGGAGAUGGAUGAUGGCUUCCUGGAGGAUGAGCAGCAUCAUCAUCAUCACCACGAUGACCGGGUCACGUCAUGUGGCUUUCACGUCAAGGGUGAGCUCAGUCAACAGAAGCUUAACGACUGGCUUGGGUGGCUGCUGAAAGAAAAAGGUGGUGACCUAUUCCGGACGAAGGGCGUUCUGGCCGUCCAGGGCAUGCAGGAGAAGUUCGUCUUCCAGGCCGUUCACAUGUCUUUCAAGAAUUCAACGGCGAAGAAGUGGCAGCCAGAUGAGGAGCGAAUUUGCAAGCUCACCUUCAUCGGCAAGAACCUGAAUCGUCAGGAACUCGAGGACGGCUUCAAGAAGUGCUUGGUGAAUGGGUCAGGCGGCUAUGCUGCGAAGUGA